AUGCUACUAUGUAAGUUAGAAAAGAUAAUUGAAAAGAACUUUUUUUUAAUAAAUAAAAAAUAUGUUAAUACAAAUGUACAGCUAAGAAAUCCUUAUUACAGGAAGAAGGGGUUUUGGGAAUGGAGAAGAAGAAUAAUUCAUAGAUAUAAUGAAAAAAGAUAUAUUAGAAAAGGUAUAAUACCAAAAAUUCGAAAUAAAAAAGAAGAAAAAAUAAAAAAUAGAAAAGACGAUGUAUUUUGGACAUUUAAAGUAUAUCAGUUAAAAAUAAGUUUAAGAAAUUUAUAUAGUUUUGGAAGGCUUAUAAAAGGAUUACAUUUAGAGGAUGCUUUAGUAUUUUUAGAAUCCAUACCACAAAUCCGGAUAAAUAAUAUUCUAAAUUCUUUAUUAAAUUCAAAAAAAAAAAUUGUAAACACUUUUAAUGGUGAUGUUUCAAGACUGUAUAUUGACAAUGUACAAAUACAUUACAACACACCAAUGAAAUAUAUUAAAUAUCAUGCACUUGGACAUUUUGGAUUGGUUAAAAGUUAUAGAAAUACUUUUACAUAUACAAUUAAACAAAUGAACAUACAAGAAUUUUAUCAUAAAAUAUUCAUUAGGGGAAAUGUUCCUCGUACCUUAUCUCAUAAUAUGCGGUUAUAUUUACAUCAAGAUAGAAUUAACAAAGACACCUUAAUUGAAUGGUAUCCAUACAUAUGCGCACAUUCUAGAUAUUAUUUCAGGGAAAAAUUGAGAUAUUUAAAUAAUAUAUACCAGUUCAAUUAUUAUAAAUCCAGACAUAAGUGGAUACAAAAUUAUUUCAACAACGUCGACCGAAGAACUAAGGAGUUGAAGCUCCAGCGCAGUGCGCUCAGCGAGAAGGAAAAUUAG